AUGUCCCUUAUUAAGAGUGUUGCAGUGAUUGGCACUGGGCCCUCCGGUGCCAUUGCCGUGGACGCCUUGAUGCAGGAGAAAGUGUUUGAUAGAGUCCGGGUGUUUGAGAGACAGGAGAAAGCCGGUGGAUGCUGGGUGUCGCGGGAACAUGAAAAACAUGUGCCUCUGGAUGUUGAUAAGCUAUCUGCCCGAACGGCAGAUGUUCCCAUUCCCAUCCCAUCCAAUCUGCCCGCGUUUACACCGGCCUUAACUCAACAUCGCUUUACCGACUCCCAUAUCUAUCCGAACUUGCACACCAAUGUUGAUGCUUCAACGAUGGAGUAUUCACAAGAGCCCAUCCCAGCAAUCCGCUCUGAGCUGUCUAUUAACUUGCAUGGACCCGACACCCCGUUUCGUCAUCACACGGUGAUCCGGCAGUUUGUUGAGGAUUUAUUGAAUCGGAAUGGCUAUCAGGAUCUUGUAGAGUACAACACGACUGUAGAACGGGCAGUCAAGGAUCCCCAGACUGAGAAAUGGGUGUUGACUCUGCGCCGUGCCAGCCAGUCCAGCAUGCAGGAUUACUGGUGGAGUGAGACAUUUGAUGCACUUGUGGUCGCAUCAGGCCACUUCUCAGUGCCUUAUGUGCCAGCUAUCCCAGGACUGGCAGAAUUCAUUCAAAAAUAUCCGGAAAAUGUACUGCACACGAAGCAGUACCGUGGUCCUGAACGCUAUCAUGGCAAGAAAGUUGUAACAGUUGGAGCGUCAGUCUCUGCUGCAGAUACUGCAGUUAGUUUGAUCGGUUCUGCUCAGUCGCCCAUUUAUUCUGUGGUUCGAGGGCGGUACAACCCCUACUUUGGAGACUGGGCGUUCCGACAUCCUUCCAUCAAGCGACAGCCAUCGAUCGCGCGCAUUUCCAGUGAGAAUGGAGAGCGGACGGUGUAUUUUGAGGAUGGAACCUCAGUUUCAGAUGUGGACUACAUCAUCCUCGGUACUGGCUUUACUUGGACAUUGCCAUACCUUCCAGAUAUUCCGACGAGAAAUAACCGUGUACCGGACUUGUAUCUGCAUGUCUUCCAUCAGAACGAUCCCUCUUUGGUGUUUGUGGGAGGAGUUGGCGCUGGAUUGACAUUCAAAAUCUUUGAAUGGCAGGCCGUGGCCGCCGCGAGAGUGCUGGCUGGAAAAGCCCAAUUGCCCUCGGUGGAGGAACAGCGGAAAUGGGAACAAGAUCGGAUUGCUGUGAAGGGCGAUGGUCCGGCGUUUACAACCAUCAAUCCCGAUUUCCCGGAGUACUUUGAGACCCUCCGGCAGUUGGCAGGAGAGCCGAAGGAAGGCGAGCCGGGGCGUAGAUUGCCUCCGUUCGAAGCAGAGUGGAUGGACGUGUUUAAUGCUGGUCAUGAGCGUCGGAUUCGGAUGUGGCAGAAGGCCAACGAGGCGGCGGUUAAUAGUCCAUCCUCCAAUGAACGUAAUGCGCAUUUUAGUCUAGCCUUUUAUACACUGGCUUUACCCUUAGCGGCAGCCAAGUCAUUAUGGUCCGACUCUCCUGGUAAUUACAGCAGUAUCAUCACUACGGCGUUUCCUCUGGGGAAUGGACGACUGGGGGCAGACGCACUGCCGGGAAUCAGAGAAUGGAUCUUCCAGAAUGGCACCGGCAAUGUCUCUGCGCUUUUAGGGGAGUUUCCCUACUAUGGAUCCUAUCAGGUGCUGGCCAAUUUGACCAUUGACAUGGAUGGACUGAGCAACAUCAACGGAUACCGUCGGAGCCUGGACUUGGAAUCGGCGAUCUACUCGGACCAUUUCAGCACUGGGGACAAGUAUAUUGAAAGGGAAGCCUUCUGCUCGUAUCCAGAUAAUGUAUGCGCCUACCGACUGACGAUUACAUUUGGUCUGGAAAAUCAACUCACCUGCCAUGGGAAUAGCAUAAGUCUCUAUGGCCGGACAUAUCCUUCAAUCGGGAUGAUCUACAAUGCUAGAGUGACUAUCGUUCUUCCGGGAUCUAACAACUCAUCCGAUUUCUGCUCUUCUUCUACUGUCAAAGUGCCUGAGGGAGAAAAGGAAGUAUUUCUCGUGUUUACUGCUGGGACUAACUACAAUACUACUAAUGGAAAUACUGAAGCAGGGUUCUCUUUCCAAGGGGAAGACCCGUACAUCACCGUUCUCAAGACAGCCACCGCUGCUGCAAAGAAAUCCUACUCAGAUUUCCAGGAUAUAUUUGGCAAGUUCACAUUGAAUCUUCCAGAUCCUAAUGGCUCAGCCGACCAGCCGACCACUGAGCUCCUCUCAUCCUAUACUCAGCCAGGAGAUCCAUACGUUGAGAACCUGCUUUUUGACUUUGGCCGUUAUCUAUUUAUCGCAUCCUCGCGACCGGGAUCGUUGCCACCCAACCUACAAGGACUAUGGACGGAGGCCUACUCUCCGGCCUGGAGCGGUGAUUAUCACGCCAAUAUCAACCUACAGAUGAACCACUGGGCUGUGGAUCAAACGGGCCUGGGAGAGCAGACAGAGCCACUCUGGUCAUAUAUAGCUGAGACCUGGUUGCCUCGGGGGGCUGAGACAGCGGAGCUGUUGUAUGGGACAUCUGAAGGUUGGGUAACGCACGAUGAGAUGAACACGUUUGGACAUACAGCGAUGAAAAAUGUCGCCCAAUGGGCUGAUUAUCCGGCUACAAAUGCAUGGUUGUCGCAUCAUGUGUGGGAUCAUUUUGAUUAUUCUCAAGACGUCUCCUGGUAUCGCAAGACAGGCUAUCCCAUCCUCAAGGGAACUGCCCAGUUCUGGCUAUCCCAGCUUGUGCAAGAUGAAUAUUUCCGAGAUGGCACCUUGGUUGUCAACCCCUGCAAUUCCCCCGAGCAUGGGCCAACAACCUUCGGCUGCACCCACUACCAACAACUGAUCUGGGAAGUAUUCGACCACGUCCUUCGUGGCUGGGAAGCAUCAGGAGAUGACGACGCCUCCUUCAAAGCUGCCAUUUCCUCCCAAUUCUCGACCCUUGACCCAGGCAUCCACAUCGGCUCAUGGGGUCAAAUCCAAGAAUGGAAGCUCGAUAUUGAUGUCAAGAAUGACACCCACCGUCAUUUGUCCAAUCUCUAUGGCUGGUACCCCGGCCACGCCAUUUCCGCAGUCCACGGGUUUAACAAGACCAUCACCGACGCUGUCGAAACAACGCUCUACUCCCGGGGUACCGGAGUUGAGGACUCUAAUACGGGCUGGGGCAAGGUGUGGCGUAGCGCUUGCUGGGGGCUUCUGAACAACACAGACGAAGCGUACUCGGAGCUGUCACUGGCGAUUCAAGAUAACUUUGCUGACAAUGGCCUGGAUCUGUACGGGGGGAGCCCGCCCUUCCAAAUUGACGCGAACUUUGGUCUUGUGGGCGCGAUGAUUCAGAUGCUGGUAAGAGAUCUGGAUGGCGCGAGUGCUGACACGGGGGUGCAGCGAGUGCUUCUGGGGCCGGCCAUUCCGGCAGCCUGGGGAGGAGGCAGCGCGGAGGGAUUACGGCUCCGGGGGGGUGGGAUGGUGCAGUUCCAUUGGGAUGACGAUGGGGUUGUGGAUUCGUGCCGGGUGGAUGUGUCUGGACGAGGGAGUAAUCAGAAUCAAGCCUCUCGGCUGGAGUUCUUUGUCCGUGGGGGACACGCGCUGCAAUGCUCCGGAGAAGUUCGGGACUCGCUGGCCACGUGA